CCAUGUUUGACUGAUUUUAUAAUUAGAUUAUCGCGCUGAAAAGACUGUUACAGACAUGGCUGGAUCAUUAUGUAGUGGCUUCCUACAGGAUGCCACCUCUGUUGUGAACUACCGUUUCCUUUGGUUUUGAUGGAUGUAUCCACCGGCGAGUGAGGGCAUCUCGUGCGUCCCGUGGACCAAUCAGGACGAGCCUAACUCCAACGAGGGACAACCGGGACAGUGGGAGAUGGCGCCCAGCUCGAAAUCAGAAAAGGACGAUGGCAAGCAGAAAGCUAAAAGAAAACACAAAGACCAUGUUGUGAAGCUUCUCAUGCGUGGGAAGCUGGCGGGACAGUUUUCUCAGCGUCUGUUUAGGAAACUGCCACCUCGAGUUUGUGUCCUUAAGAACAUUGUCAGCGAGGAGUUCCUGAGGGCAGGACAUGUCUUUCUUGGCUUUACCAAAUGCGGCCGCUACAUUCUGUCCUACACCAGCGACUGUGGAGAAGAUGAUGAUUUCUCUUUCUAUACCUACCAUCUUUAUUGGUGGGAGUUCAACCUGCACAGUAGACUCAAACAGGUCCAUCAUGUACGUCUGUUUGCAGGCGAGGAAAUCUACAGCGACCUGUACCUGACUGUGUGUGAGUGGCCAAAUGACCACUCCAAAAUUGUCAUCUUUGGCUUCAAUACACGCAGUUCAAGCUCAGUUCUGAUGAACUUAAUGAUGAGUGAUGAAAACAACAGAGACAUCUACAUCACUAUUGCCUCCAUGCCUCCUCCUAAACCUUGCUCUUAUUGCUGCCCUGUUCCUUCAGCCACUUCCAUACGCACAGGAAGUGGUGAGUGUCUGGAGCCUGGCUACGUACUCAACAGCAGGUACCAGGUGGUGUACCCGUUCCCGACUUUCCAGCCAGCUUUCCAGCUGAAGAAGGACCAGGUCAUCCUGUUAAACACUAGCUACUCUCUGGUGGCUUGCGGCAUCUCACUCUGCCCAGGUAAGCAGGGUCAGUCAUCGCAGAUCCUUUACACAAAGAGAGCAGCUCUGUCUAGUCAAGCCUCUCCAUCCUUUUCCUCCACCUCCUUGGCUUCAUCCUCAAUACCUCAGGGAUCUCCCGAAAGCCGACUGCCACCUAGCAAACCAGCUCCAAUUCCCUCAUCACCAAGCCAGUCGCAAGCAGCAGUGCGAGCCCGGGAGUUUGCAGCUGACCUCUUCAGGCGGGCCCAGGGAGGAGGAGAGAAAGAAAAGGAAGGCCAGGCAGAAAGGAGACCCGUUGAUGGUGGUGAAAAAGAGGCAGCGCAGACACCAGGAGACAAAGGGAUACAUGGAGAGAGGAGGAGAGAGGAGGAGGAUUGUAGAGAGAGGAGGGAUGAGGAGAGACGGAAGUUGCCACAAGCGUCAACAUCAGAUGGGAGCCACAGUGUGCCACAGUGCUCUGAACAAGUGAUGUCUCCUGCCUCCUGUUCCUCAUCCCCUUCAUCCCCGUCGUCAUCCCAGGAGGGCGGCCCCAGCGAGCCUGGAUAUGUCAACUAUUCACGUCUGCACUAUCGCCUUCAACAGCCAGGGACAACCGAGCAGAAUGCAGGCGGUGAAGGAGGUUAUGAGGACGAUAAAGUUCAGCUACCUUUCACAGUCACUGACCUUAAAGGACGGAACCUGCAGCUGGUCACCGGGCCACACAGUGGACAGAGUGUGUGCGUGGAGCAGCUGACUCUAGACUUUGAGUAUCUUAUCAAUGAGGUGAUCAGGAGCGAGGCUGCCUGGGCCCCUCAGUUCUGCUCCUUCAGCGACUAUGAUGUUGUGAUAUUAGAGGUGUGUCCUGAAACCAACACUGUGAUGAUCAACAUUGGCCUGCUGUUACUGGCCUUCUCCAACUCAGAUGAGGAGCACUGCAGGCCAAACACAUAUCACUCUAACCUGCAGGUCAGCUGGGACCUUAACACAGGUGUGUGUUGCACCGUGGGUGUAGGUGACCUUACAGAGGUCAAAGGUCAGACCAGUGGGAGUGUGUGGAGUUCUUACAGGAAGUCCUGUGUGAACACAGUGAUGAAGUGGUUGGUUCCCGAGAGCAGCUCCCGUUACAUUAAUCGCAUGACCAACGAAGCCCUACACAAAGGCUCGUCCCUUCAAGUGUUGGCAGAUAGUGACCGAUGCACCUGGAUUGUAUUAUGAAGAAAGAAGAAGUGUCAAAGCAACAGACACAACCGCACACACAGAUACACGCUGACAUGGCCUCAUCGUCAGUACGGAGCUCCACUUUAAUCUGAGCUUUGUUAACAUGUAGCUCAAACACGUGUCAAAUUGAAACCAAACCAGGAACGCUAUAGAUGCUGAAAAGAUGAAGUCUUUGGACGGUCUGUGUUUAAUUUGACUUUUUUUGUAAGUGUGUACUGCAUUAUUGAAACUACCAAAACGAAGAGCUGGACUGAACGAAGAUUUUGGUUUAACUUUUUUUUUUUAUACAUAAAGCCGUACUGUUCUUUUCUGUGUGUCUUUAACUGAACAUAUGCAAUAUCUGCACCUGGCUGAUGAUCACCAAGGGGAUUUCAUCCAGAAAAUGAGUGUAUGUAUGAGUGUAUGCAUGUUUAAUGUGUAUGUAACAUUUGACAGAUUCUGCUGCUUCUGAACAAGUUCUUUUCUCGCCUGGCCUGGACCAGUUUCAGUCUAGCUGGGUUGGUUCAAGAUGACGGUAUUUAAAAUGAGAGAAACUGAAUACAGUAACGGUCACUUGACUCUUUAAGAUCUUUUUUUAAACCUAUGUCAAGGAAGAUGUUGGGA